AUGACUUCGGCCAGCCCGGAAGUCUAUCGCCUCUCCCCCACUCCUCACGUUCCCAACUCGGUCCUCCCUGUCCUGCUUUAUCGCAGCGUGCUGCCGCCCAACCCCACGGCCGACUCCACCCGCCGAGCCCUGGAAAAGAACCUCUGGAUGCAGGGCGGCGUGUUCAAGACCUACACCGCCCAUCACUUCCACUCCGUCACCCACGAGUGCUAUGCUGUCUUCAAGGGCUCCAGCCGCCUCUUGCUGGGUCGCGGCCCGCUAGACGAUCCUGAAGGGGGCAAACAACUGAUGUUUCAAGUGUCUGUUGGCGAUAUUAUAGUUCUGCCUGCUGGGGUCAGCCAUUGCUCGCUUCACUCCGAAGGCGAGUACGAGUAUGUGGGCCUCUACCCACAGGGCAGUCCGCAUUGGGACAACAACUUCUGCAAGAAGCCCGAAGAGACGGCGCAAAAGGCAGAAAACGCACGUGCUGUGCCAGUCCCAGAAUACGACCCAAUCCAUGGCAAAGAUGGUCCGCUGGUUUACCUCUGGCAGAAUGCCGCUGCUGUCGCAGUUUGA